UUUUUUUUUUUUGAUUUCUUCUAGGAAUUCUUGUUGUUUUUGGUACCAUUGAUCAAUAUAGAAAAACUGAAAUUGAAAUUGACAAGGAUGCUUCUCCCAAAAUCUUAUUUGGUGUCUUCCAAAGGCUAUGAUAAGUUACCAGACAACCAAUGUGCUAUCUGUCAUGAUAAUAGUUCUUCCAGUGAUACUUCAAAUGAUGGUACCUCUGCUCCAAUUGGUCAAGUACAAGACUACUCAGUACAUAAUCCUUACAAGACAAGUUGUGGUCAUGUCUAUUGUUAUUAUUGUAUUCAAAGCAAAAUGGUUGUUUUUGGUGAUGAAUGGCCCUGUCUUCGAUGUGGUGAAAAGGUGGAAUCCAUACACAAGCUGGUCUGCAAAGUGGAAGACACUGAUGACGAAGAAAAGUUGGAUGUAGCAUCAUCAACAUCACAGGAUACUGAUGGCUCAUAGUUUAGUUGAAAAAUAGAAUAGUUUUUUUUUUUUUUUGUAUGAAUAGACAUGGAACAUAUUCGAUUUGUAUGGAAAUUGAUUAUUAUUUUUUGUUUAAUAAAGACCUGAAAAAAAAAAGAAAGGC